GCUGCAAGAUCAUCCUGCGUGACUUGAAAGCGUGCAUUUUAUAAGGUUUCAACUCCGUGUAUUUGUUCUACAUGUGAAUGAAAGUCAUCCUCAUCAUCCUUUCCUUGUUAAACUCAUUGGACCAACAUCGGGUGAGGUACAAUGAGGAAGACGUUUGUGUGUGACGACUCCAUGAUCAUCGAUAUUCCCAUCAGGAAGGACCGUGAAAGACGCAGCCGUGUGAUGCCGCAAGAGUUCCAAUGUGUGUUCCAAGAUAUGUUCAAAGUUUUUGCUAACAAUGGAUUCCCAAAACCUCUUGGAGCAGCACAAUGUCUCACUGGAGUGUCACUUGUCAGUCUAGGUCUGAUGUUCUAUCAGAGUUCAGCUGACAUGCUCCUAAUCUUUCCUAGCAUUCUGUUUGUGCUCUGUGGAAUGCUGACCUAUGCGGCAGGAUGUGUCCCCAACAUGCGUGUGACCAAGGUGUCCUUCUGUCUGAACAUCAUCAGCUUCGUGGAGUCGGUUGUGUUACUUUGCCUGUCGCUGCUCGACCACCGCUUGUUUCAGGACGUUACCUCCCACGAGCUCAAGCUGCAAACAGGAAUCAAGACAACGGUUGCAGGCCUGUUUGUGGUUCAAUGCUUCAUUGCCUUAUUUCUGAUCUACUGGCAGAGUAAAGCAGUGUGCAGACAACAUUUCAACAUGCUGCCCAUUGUUCAGAUGAGACUGGAGGAUUAACAGGUUGAUGCAACAACAACCUAACAAGAUCAACGGACUGCUUUUGAGUAAUAUUAUUAGCUCAUCAGUGUUGAAGUGUAUAUGCCAACAUUUAUUCAUAUUUUCUUGUAAUAUUUUUUUUUAAAUUGUCUCUGUACACGUGUUUCUUAUCUUUUUGAAUUUGUUUUACAUUAAGUCUCAUCAUUCAAAACUAAAUACAAAUGUAUGUUGAUGUUUCUU